AUGGCGUCGAUAACACCAAGUCCCUCUUUCGACGUGGCUCUUGUGCAGAUGAAGCCAAAGCCCCUCGAUGCUGAACACAACUUUGCACAUGCGGCCGAGCAGAUACGACUCGCGGCGGUUCGGGGUGCAUCUCUAGCAGUCCUGCCAGAGUACCACCUCACAGGCUGGGUGCCAGAAGAACCAUCUUUUGCCCUCUCGCCUGAAGAUGCCCAAAAAUAUCGAGAGAAAUACCAAGCGUUAGCAGCAGAACUUCACAUCAACAUCUGCGCUGGAACCUUUGUUACUCAGACUUCCAACCUUGGCGAUGUUGCCAAUCUUGAUGCCAGGCCUACGCUGCUGAACACAUCAGACUUUAUCGAUCAUAAUGGCAACCUCCUUGGCACUUACACCAAGACCAACCUCUGGAUUCCAGAGCGUCUUACAUUGACUUCUUUUGUUGAUCAUGCUCGCAACACGUCCAAAAACGAAUUCGGAGCCCCCAACCCUCAUCAAGUCAUCGACACCCCUCUCGGUCGAGUUGGCAUACUUGUGUGCUGGGACCUUGCCUUCCCCGAAGCCUUCCGACAACUUGUCCUUGCCGGGGCCAAGAUAAUAAUUAUCCCUUCAUACUGGACAUCAGGGGACAUGUCAGAAGAGGGCCUCGCAUACAAUGCCAACUGCGAAAAGAUGUUUAUACAGUCUGCACUGGUCACUCGAGCAUUCGAGAACACUGCCGCGGUUAUCUACUGUAACGUUGGCGGACCAGCGGAACAGGGCUUCUUUGGCUGUAGUCAAGUCACGUUGCCCAUUGUCGGGACUGUUCCUGGGAGCUUUACUGAUGGCGAGGAGGCGAUGCGUAUCCUGAACGUUGAUAUGCAGACUGUGGACAUUGCGGAGCGCAAUUACCAGAUUAGGCAAGAUUUAGCGAGGGAGGAUUGGCAUUAUGGGUAUGACAGGAGCACAACAGCAAAGCUGUAA